AUUGUUUCGAAGGUAACAGGACAAUUGCAAUGAUCAGCUGAAGCUAGAAGUUCUAGAUAAUCACGAUUAGAAAGGCAUGCUUGUGCAAGAAAGAAAUUGGAGUUCUAUUUGUUUUACAGGUUUCCACAGUUUGGAGAAGAUAGAUGUUUCAGUUAUGCUUUGAUAGGUUUACUUAGCUAAACAAAAGGAACAAGCAAGAGUAAUUGUCUGCUUUUGUUUAAUAAUGGCUCAUUAUUAUAACAUUGACGACAUUAUCAUGGAGGAGGAGAUCAUCUCAGUUGUUUUCCAAGUGGCUGCUAAUGGAAUUGGACUCCUCGAUCCUAGUGCAGAAACUAACAAUGUUGAACAAGGUUCAAAGGUAGAGCUACCUUUUUGGCUAGCCCAAGAGUUGCACCUUAGACAGGCAGUUGCUAUGAAUGUGCUUGCUUGUUUCAAUCAAAAAACAAGGAAGGAAGUCCAGGCAGAUGCUGCAUGUGUUGAUCUCAGGAAUAGGUGCCCUUACUUCUAUGAAUUAGGGUGCAAGAUUGCACCCCUGGUUGGUGAUCGAACCAUUGGGUCCUUCCUCUUGUAUACAUUCUCCAGUAGGUAUAAGGAAGUUUUGAGCAAGGCUCACAGUGCAGCAUUUGCGGUAGCUCCCAAGUUUUUGACUCUUCUUACAAAAGAAGAAACUCAUUUGUAUGAAGCAGCCCGAUCUUCAAUGGCAGCGUUUAAGAAAUGGCGGACAGGUGGGCCCAGAUUUAAAAGGGCAUCCAUUCUUGGAAUAAAAAGGAAACCUGCUAAUUAGAUGCAAGCUCUGGCUGCCAUUCUAUCUCAAUCCCUUUGCCAACAAAAAGUGGUGAGACAGGAAUUUUAAUAUUUGAGGUGGCAUUAAUUAAUUUAUCAAGUUGCCUUACAGCAUUCAUUUGUCUCAUCCAGUGUAAGAAUGUAGCAAUGGAAAACAAUAAUAAUACUAAUACAAACUUGAUGGUGCUCAUUUGGUU